UUGACCUGAGCCAGCAGGUAGAGAAACCGUCAUGUCCCUGCCACAGCUUGGUCGCCUGUGCCUCCUCGCCCACCCACCACGUGGCAUCCUGGGGCUCACCCUGCUGCUGCUGCCACUGUUGCUGCCAUUCUGGGCAGGGGCCCACUGUCCUUGCCAGGAUCCAGCAUUGUGCCAACCCAUCACCGACCACCCUGAUUUUGAGGUAUUUGUGUUUCAUGUUGGAAAUAAAACUUGGAAGUUCUAUGAUUGGUCACAGAUUACAACUGUGGUAAUUUUUGGGAAAUAUGACCCAGAACUUAUGUGUUAUGCUCAUUCACAUGGAGCCAGAGUAGUGCUUAAAGGAGAUGCACCUAUAAAGGAUAUCACUGAUCCUACUUUCAGAGCAUCGUGGAUAGCUCAGAAAGUUAAGUUGGCCAAAAUACAAUAUAUGGAUGGAAUUAAUAUAGACAUAGAGCAAGACGUUAAUUGUUUAUCAACUGAAUAUUAUGCAUUAACCACUUUAGUUAAAGAAACCGCAGACUCUUUCCAUCGUGAAAUUGAGGGAUCACAGGUAACCUUUGAUGUAUCUUGGUCUCCAAAGAGCAAAAACCGGUGCUAUAAUUACACUGGAAUUGCAGAUGCUUGUGACUUUCUCUUUGUGAUGUCUUAUGAUGAACGAAGUCUGGCCUUGUCAGAAUGUAUUGCAGCAGCCAAUGCUCCCUAUAAGGAGACAUUAACUGGAUAUGAUGACUACAUCAAGAUAGGUAUUAACCCUAAGAAACUUGUAAUGGGUAUUCCCUGGUAUGGUUAUGAUUAUACCUGUCUAAACUUAAUGGAGGAUCGUGUUUGUACCAUCCCAAAAGUCCCUUCCUGGAGGGCUUCUUGUGGUAUUGCUUCAGGACAUCAGGUGCCCUAUAAAAUAAUUAUGAAGCAAGUAAAUAGUUCUAUUUCUGGAAGCCACUGGGAUAAAGAUCAGCAAGCUUCUUACUAUAACUAUAAAGAUUCUUCCGGCUAUUUUCAUCAAGUGUGGUAUGAUAACCCUCAGAGCAUUUCUUUAAAGGCAGCAUACAUACAAAAGCAUGGCUUACGAGGCAUUGGCAUGUGGCACGCAAAUUGUCUGGACUAUUCUGGAGAUGCUCUAGCCAAACAGCAAACUGAAGAAAUGUGGAAAGUCUUAAAACCAAAAUUGUGACAGAUAAACAUCUUUUGUCAAACUAUAAAAAUUUAGAAAAAUGAUCUGUAUAAAUAGAUCAGUUUCUUGCAGAGAUAAAAAUGUACACAUUUUUGUCAUGUCAUAUUAAUAUUGCCUUCGUAUUUCUAAAAUUUCCAAAUAUAAAUUCUUAGAAACUAAUCUCUACCAUAGCUCUGGAUGCAAGUUCAAUAUCCCUGUAUUUCCAGAUUGCUUUUAAUUAAAAUAUAAUGAACAAACUAAGACUAUUUAAAAGUGAAAAUUAUAUAGUACUGUAAAAUAUGUAAUAGACUUAAAAGCUUCAAAAAUAACCAAAUAGCCACCGUUUUGCUUUUUUCCUGAACACUUUGUAAAACCCACAUGAAAAGUGAAAAAAUAAAAACUUAUAUAAAAUAUUGCACCAAGAACAAUGGUUAAAUUUUUUAACACAUAAGUUUUAAAUUAACAUACCUAAUUGAGAUAGAUGGUAAGGAUGUGUCAAUUUUCUUCUGUGCCAGUUCAGCUUUCAAUGUACGUAAAUCUGAAACUGCUUGUUUCUUCAUCUAUAAAAAGAAUUACCUUUCAAAAAUGAACUUUUAUCUUACCCUUCUAAAAUUGAGAGAAGCCUAAUUGAAUGCUGCUAGGGGAAAAAAAUAUAGAACUGCACUAUUCAAUACAGUAGCUAUGUGCCACAUGGAGCUAUUUAACAAAUCAUAUAAAAUUUAAUAUUUAGUUCCUCAGGCACACAAUAAGCUACACUUAAUUGUUCAAUAUCCAUACAUGGCUUGUGGUUGCUGUAUCAGUGUAGAUACGGAACAUUUCCAUCAUUGCAGAAAGUUCUAAUUGGACAUUGCUGGUUCUAGAAAUGGGUCAAGUAUUCAUCAAGUAUCCUGUCAUAAAGCUAUUUCUGAUAAGUCAAUUUAGAGAAUUCAUAUGAUUCCACAUACAUGAAAAUAAUCAGAGAGCAUGAGCUAAUUACUCCAGAAUGGGUAAAAAAAAAUUGAGCUCAGGGUAUUCAGUGGUUUGUCAGACUUAUUUACGGAUGACUCCAUAGUGAAAUUCUACUAAAUUUUACUGUGGCCUUGUUAUAGCAUGCACAUUUUCACAGGAUUUUAUUCUUGCAUUUUUCUUUUAAACUCUUGCAUUUUUCUCACUCAUGCUCUUGGGUUGUUAAGGCAAUGAUUUUAAGACAAUCCUUACUAUCCUUACACUAUUGAUACCCAAAAUUAAAACACUAAAAUAAUUUAUUUCAAGAUAAAUGUUAUAUGAUUAGGAGAAAUGCAAGUUACCUUAACUUCUAUUAUGAGUUUCAUUUUAUCAGUAUCCAGUUUUCUUUUAAGUUGGUCAAUUGCAUGCUGCACUUCAGUGAUCUGGAUUAUAAGGUAAUUCUGUGUGAAAUACAUAAAGAAUCCUUAUUUAGUACGACAUUUAUUUUUAAUUGCCUCGCAAACUAAGAAGUGAUAACAAAUACCAAAAAAAAUCCCACCCCAAAUCAUAAGAAUAACCUAUUGAAUAAAAUAAACUCAUUGCUUUGGAGUAAAUUAGUAUUGACCUGCUGAUUUCUUAUGUCUUAGGGACCACAUUCUCCUCUGUUCUACUACUACUGUUCUACUAUUCAUGUUUUAUAAAAAUAAGUAGGUUAUCUGUACAGGUUGCCAUUAAAUUAGUACCACAAAAGCAAGAACUAUUACUAUAAAAGGAAUAUACUAGGUUUAAGAUGCUAGCAAGGCUUUUGAAAUUGUCAUUACACUUUAUUAGCUGAAUCAGAUUAGUAUUACUUUAAAAAUAUUUAGUAAUGGAAUACUAUACUUGAUUUAGAAAAGUUUAUGAAGUAUAUGGUCAACAAAAACUAUUUAAAAUUUUAAGCUGCCUUUGUGAAAAAAAUUGUACACUGAAACCUGAUAAAACAUAAAAAAAAUCAACUAUCAGCUAAAAUGGACAAACCAUUACUUGAGCCUAUUUGAGUUUUACAUUAGCUUUAUCUGAAUGGUAAGCUUUUAGUCAUAGAAACAGAACAAACUGAUGGGGGGAUGGAUAGAGGGAAAUAAGUGAAGGUGGUCAAAAGGUACAAACUUGUAGUGAGAAGAUAAAUAGUUUUAAGGAUGUAAUGUCUAGUAUGAUAACUAUAAUUAACAAUACUGUAUUAUAUAUUUAAAAGUUGCUUAGAGGAUAGACCUUAAAGGUUCUUAUCACAAGAAAAAUAGUUUGUGAGAUGCUGGAUGUUUACUUAUUGUGCUAAUCGUUUCACAAUAUACACAUAUAUCAAAUCAUGUUGUACACCUUAUACUAAAAUGUUAUAUGUCAAUUAUAUCUCAAUAAGACUAAGGAAAAAUAAAAUAGCAAACUUUUACGAUUU